GUAACGUACCCGACAGCCAAUCUACUUUCGGUUUUAAGAAGAAUUAUUUGCAGAUAAACCCAAACGGCAAGCUGGUAUAAGUUUCACUGACAAUGGCAUUUUGAUACUUUUUAAAGAUGUCUGGUAAAGACAAGAGGUCACCACCUGAUACAGGUGGAAGAUCACAGUUAGAGAACAGUACUAAAGGGGCAACAUCUUCCAGUAGAAAGAUGUUGCCCAGUGUUGUUGCAACAUCUUCCAGAGAAGGAGUGUUGCCAAGUGAUGGAAGGAGCUCUGAUGUAGAAGAAACAGACAAGAAAUUUGAUGAGGCUGCAUGUUCAGAUGAUCAUCAAACAGCAUCAAGCCGUGCUGAUAAUACAGACUCGAAUUUAAAGGGAAAGAAUAAGAAGGGGGAAUUUAUAUCAGAUAAGGUAAAAAUAUUUUCAUCAGAGCAAACAACUGAAACACAACAUCAACUUAAACCAAAAACACAUUUGUGUAAAAAGGGUGAAAAGAAAAAGGAAUUAUCUGAACAAGGUAAAAAUGAACCCAAAGUAUGUCUGCCUAAUUUAGAAGAGAAAGGGUCAAAGGAAAACUUAAAGAUACAUGGCAACAAAGAUGUAGAAGGUUUAACUACAUCUGCAUCUGGUGGUGAUCAGUCUGUGAAAGGGGACAACUUGAGCAAAUCCUAUGUUGUUUUAACUAAAGAUGGCAAAGAUGAGAUAGAAGUAAAUGUGAAGAUGCUUACUGGAGACGGUUUCAGUGUAUCUGUAGCCUUAAAUGACACUGUUGAAGUAGUUAUGUUGAAAAUUGAAGAGACAACAGGGUAUUCCUGUGAGAAUCAGAGGUUGGUAAUGGCUGGAAAGAAGUUAUUGAAGACUGAUACAUUGCUAUCUCAUGGGAUUGGCAAGGAUUCAACAAUACAUCUAGUAGUUGCUGCUGAUAAAGCAAAAGGAGACAGUAGCAGUGGCCUAGAAAGUAAUUCAACAGAAGUACCAGAAACAAGUGACAACCCUGAAACAAAGGAUAAAAGAGAUGCAAUGGAAAACAAUCGUACAGAAGAAACAGAUCCUAGUUGCAGCUCUCAGCAAGGUUCAACAGAGAAUGGUAAAGGUGUGAGUCAAAUUGAAAAAUCAGAACCAAGAAUUCAGAACUCACCUAGUCCAACACCUACAUCAGAUGUUGGUAGCAAGUAUCUGCAAGGGGAACAAGGGAGUGGAAUGCUAACACAUCCUACAGAUUCUCAGAUGAAAGAAAAAGUUGAGAAAAGUCAGCAAUUGAUUCCAGAUUCCAAGUCUUCUCCAAAGUCAGCAUUUAUGAAAAGUUAUAAGGAGAGCACAACAAAAGUUGAAAAACUGACAACAAAAGUCAGUGAUGUUGGAAGUGACAUGAACCAAGAGAAAGUAGACACUGAGAUAGAAAAGGAAGGUGAAAUAAAAAUUCCUCAAACUCCAGAGACUGAAGGUGAAAAGGACACAAAGGAUGAUAUGAAUGUCUUAAAAAUGGAUAAAGGUAUCUUUAGUAAUUCAGCGGUCAACAUGAAAAUAAAUUCUAUGUUAAUGUACUUUAUAAAUUACUCAGUUAAACUUAUAAAUGAUAACUACAGUUGAUUUUAAG